CGUCGCUACCGAUAGCGGGGACCAUGAAGAUGGUGACGAGCGGACCUUCGCUCCUUCGGGAGCUGCUGAGCUCAGAGCCGGCGUGGAAGGAGGAUGAGGUGUGCGUGGUGGGGGUGUUCGGGAAGACGGCUCUGCUGCAAGGGGGCUGGGACAAAGGCUGCCUGGUAAACUCCCUGUGUGACCGGCAUGUCUUCCCCCUCUUCCAGCAGCUGCCAGAGCAGGCCCGGGAGCGGAGUGUCUUCCAGACGUACUACGAGCAGGAGUCUCGGGUGCUCUAUGUGAUGCUGACUGGCAUCAGCGACACGGGGCAGCUGGCAAGGGCAUGCGAGGAGCUGGGGCGCGGGGUGUCCCAUGCAGAGGCACAUGAGUGGUGGAAGGAUGAGGAGAAGCUGCACUGCAUGCACAUGCUCUACCUCUUCUCUGUGUGCCACCUGCUGCUGCUCCUGCACCCUGCCUGUUGCUUCGACAUUGCCUACGAAAAGCUCUUCCGGGCACUGGACAGUGUGCGUCAGAAGCUUCUGCCCUCGCUCAAGCCGGCACUUAAAGAGUGCCCUGUUGGGCUGGAGUGGAAGCUAAAUGCCCGACCUUGCCCACCGCGGCUGCUGUUCGUCUUCCAGCUAAAUGGAGCCCUACGGGGAGUGGAGCCCAGCCGGGGUGCUGGUCAGACGGCCACGGAGAAGCCCAAGAAGCAUUCACCCAAAAGAAGGCUGCAGCACGCACUGGAGGACCAGAUCUACCGCAUCUUCCGCAAGAGCCGUGUCCUUACCAACCAGAGCAUCAACUGCUUGUUCACCGUGCCUGCCAACCAGGCCUUUGUGUACAUUGUGGCAGAGCAGGACGACGACCCAGUGGGUAUGCUACUGGAUGGCCUGCGACAAAACUGUACUGUAAGGGACACAGAGCCCAGCACUGUGGGCAUCUCUGGGCCUCGGCGCUACCACAUGAUGAGGCACAGCCGACAGCAGCUGUCCUUCACAGCAGAGAGCAGCUCUGGGCUUUCUGGCCAGCUGGUGGACUGCACCCUGCGUGAAUUUCUCUUCCAGCAUGUGGAGCUGGUGCUCACUAAGAAGGGUUUUGAUGACAGUGUGGGCAGGAACCCACAACCGUCCCACUUUGAGCUACCCACCUAUCAGAAAUGGGCCAAUGUGGCCCUGAAGCUGUAUGAGGUGAUCAUAGAGAAUAAGGAUGAUGACCCUCCAGCCUUCCCAGGGGGCUAUCCCCCAAAGCUGCUGGCUAACAUGAAAGUGCUGGAAGGUUAUUUGGAUGCAGAUACAAAAUUUUCAGAAAACAGAUGUCAGAAAGCUCUCCCAAUGGCACACAGUGCCUACCAGUCCAACCUGCCCCAUAACUACACCACCACAGUCCAUAAGAACCAGCUGGCACAAGCACUUAGGGUGUACAGUCAGCAUGCCCGUGGGCCUGCAUUCCAGAAAUAUGCCAUCCAUCUCAAUGAAGAUUGUUACAAAUUCUGGAGCAGCGGGCACCAGCUUUGUGAGGAAAGGAGCCUGACUGAUCAGCACUGUGUCCACAAAUUCCACUUACUUCCAAAAGCAGGUGAAAAAAUUGAGCCAGAAAGAAAUCCACCUAUUCUGUACCAUAACAGCCGAGCACGGUCUACUGGGAACUGCAACUGUGGAAGAAAGCAGGCACCUCGUGAGGAUCCAUUUGACAUCAAGAGUGCGAAUUAUGAUUUCUACCAGAUGCUCGAAGAGAAAUGCUGUGGAAAGAUGGAACACAUUAAUUUUCCAGUAUUUGAGCCAAGUACACCAGAUCCUGCUCCCGCAAAGAACGAGGCACCGUCUACUUAUCAAGAAGGGGAUGUAGAAGGGGAAGGGGAAGGGGAGAAGUUGAAAGAUAAGGAACCUCAAACACAGGGUGAAAGUACAAGUCUGAGCCUUGCACUAAGUCUGGGCCAGUCCACUGAUAGCCUGGGAACGUACCCGGCUGACCCACAAGCUGGAGGAGAUAAUGUUGAAGCUCCAGGACACGGUACGGAGGAAAAAGGUGAAAAAAAGCCCAGUUUAGUGGAUCGACAAGCAUCCACUGUUGAAUACCUCCCUGGUAUGAUGCAUUCAAACUGUCCAAAGGACCUUCUUCCUAAAUUUUCAAGCUGGUCACUAGUAAAACUUGGCUCUGCUAAAUCUUAUAACUUCCACACAGGGUUAGAUCAACUUGGAUUUAUCCCAGGGACCAACUAUCUGAUGCCUUGGGACAUUGUCAUCCGUAUGAAACCAGAAGAUGAAGGGGACCUUGACACCAAUUCUUGGCCAGCUCCAAAUAAGUCUAUACCUGGGAAAAGGAGUGGAGCGAUACCCGGAAGAGGUCGUAGAAGGGAUGAUAUUGCAAGAGCAUUUGUUGGUUUUGAGUAUGAGGAUUCACGAGGGCGGAGGUUUAUGUGCUCAGGGCCAGAUAAAAUAAUGAAAGUUCUAGGCAAUGGACCUAAGGAAUCAGCAGUUAAAGCCCUGAACACUGACAUGCCUCUGUACAUGUUGUCGCCAUCUCAAGGGCGAGGGCUUAAACCUCAUUAUGCUCAGCUCAUGAGACUGUUCAUUGUGGUUCCUGAUGCCCCUUUACAAAUUAUAUUGACCCCUCAGGUGCAGCCAGGACCACCUCCUUGUCCUAUUUUUUAUCCCGAAAAGCAGGACAUUAUUCUGCCAGCUGAUGGAUUAUGGGUUUUACGAUUCCCUUACUCUUAUGUGAUGGAACGAGGACCGUGUUACCCCCCAAAAGAAAAUCAACAACUGAUCAGCUACAAAGUUAUGAGGGGGAUAUUAAAGGCGGUCCCUCUAUAGUACUGCCACUCUGCAGCUGCGUUACAUGUUGUAGCUUACCUAUGUUGAAUUAUGUUUCUCUUGAAUGAAAGAGGUCAUUUUAUAAUUGCAUAUGUCAGUUAUUCUGUUGGCUUAUUACCAAAUCCUGGCAAGAUGGCAGGAACAAGUGUUGCAUUAUUGUUUUGUUGUGAGUUGUAUAGGCAUAUUUGACUUUGCCAUUUACUUUGCCAUUGAAUAUGUAUUAUAUGUACAGUUACAUAAUUUAAUGGACUAAAACAGAAAUGACUGUCUCUAGCUAUAUAGAAAAUAGGGGUGGGGAGUUCUAUAUGUGUAAUAAUUGAAUUGUGAUCGUCUGACAUGGCUCUUGCCUUAAAUAAAUCAUUGAGUGGUAAAUAAUAGAGGUUCCUCUGACCUUAAAGGGGUAUUCUGCUUAUGUAAAAUUAUCCCCUAUCCACAUAACUGUCAGAUCAAUGGGGUUCCUACCGCUGGGAUCUCCACCAGUCCCGAGAAUGGGGGCCCUAUACCCAAUGGAGCCCCCUGAAAUAAACAGCGGCCAGUCGGACAUGCAGAUGGCCUCUCCAUUCAUUUCUGUGGGAGUUCUGGAGAGAUCCAAGCACUGUACAGUCUCCUAAACUCCCAUAGAAAUGAAUGGAGGUGCCACGCACAUGCCCGAUCUGAUGCUCCAUUCCCUUGAUUGGUGGGGUCCCAGAACUUUACAUAGUCAGAAUAACCUUUUAAAAGGGUUAUUCUGUCUCGGCUUUUACAGUUGAGAAUGGAAUAUCCUUCCUAAGCACACAGUAAACUGUGCUACCCUGCUUCCAUAACUCCCAUAGAAGUAAAAGGAAGCCACACUAUUUUGAGUUGUUCAAACAGCAUAACUCGCAGUGCUGUACUGCACUGUUUGUGUAGCUCCAUAUCACUGCAGCAGCAUAGUGUAGGGAAUAACCUUUUAACAUUGAUUUUGAGAAGGUUGUCCAAAACUGGAUCACAUUUUUCAUGUUUGUUAUACAUCUGCAGAACCAAAAACCUAAUUUACGGUACUCAGAUACAGUAUGUCAUUUGUCAGAGCACACCGAUUUUUAUCCACCAUCUGGCCAAGCAUGAUAAAGAGACCAUAAAGGGGAUAGCUACAGAAUUUACAACAGACUUUAUCCCAAACAUUAAAGGGGUAUUCACAUCUGGAUAUCAACAAGAUAUAACAUACUUAUCUGGUAGGUUCAGAACCCACCCCUCAGACCUGUACCCAUCUCGAACUGCCGGAAUGGAGAGUUGGCCACACUUGCUCUCUCUCUAUUUAUUUCUAUGGGACCUCUGCAAAUAGCAGAGUAAGCGUACUAUUUUCUCAAGUCCCAUAGUAAAUGUAGAGAGUUACUCAUGCGUAGGCAUCUAACCAUUCCCAUUGUGGGAUGGGGCGCUGUUCUUGAGAUCGGUAUCCUACCCAUGUCUGAGACUCGCUAUUUAUGGAUAUGCCAUAAAUGUUCAGAUGGGACAUCCCCUUUCAAAAGAUUUGUUGAGCUUUUUACCACUACACCCCAUCCCAGUAAAUUGUAUAAAAUAAAAAAUAAUCCUACACUUAUGUGAUGUUCUAAGCACUGCUCCUCCAAUGCCUCACCUAUUCUUGCUUUACAAGGCUGCAGUGGCGAUAUCGAGGUAUACGCCAUAUGACUGCUGCAACCUGUCACUGGCCCCAGCAGUCUUGUAUACAAAGAGCAGAAGGAGGGCCGGAGGUGUGGUGCUUAGAAUGUCACAUGAGAAACGGAUGAGUAUAGGAUUAUUAUUUUUUUUUUUUUUUACUGGUGUGGGGCAAAACCCUUUCAGAUUACAGUACAAAAAAGUGCUUGCCAGUGAUACGGUAGUGUAAUAUGUUUUGCUGAGGGUAUUAUGUUCUCUUUAAUUUGCAUUAUUGUUACAAAGAUUAUUUAUCAAAGUGUGCUGGGAUAGAUUGUGAGCAAGAUCAUGAUGCAUAAAGCUGUAAUAAACGUAUACAUAAUUGUGCAUGAUUGCAUGUACGUGGUCUUUUCUGCCUGUAACAGUGUCCUUGAUCAUGCUGGGCUUUAUUUCACAGCACUUAGGUAUAUGAAUAGCGAAAUCAUGACUUGCUCUCUAUUAUCUGAAAUUUCCGAUGUAAUUAUGUUAUUGAUUGUACUUUUCUUUUUUUUUAAAUCAGAUAUUUUUUAAUAGCUUUUUAAAGAAAGAAAGAAAUAAAAAAGAAAAACACAGAUACAAAUAGUACCAAUUCCCCUCCCUCCCAGAUCUGCGGCACAACUAGAGUCCAUGUCAACGGUCAUGAACCGUAAGAGUCUUAGCGUCCAUUAAUGAUUAAUGUUGUAGAGUGAAAUAAAGUCUGCGAUA